AUGUCCCUCGACUUCACCCCCGCAGGCACCCCCCAGAGCCUCUACCCCCCGCCCGACCUGGAUCAUCCCUUCAGCUCCCUUCAGUCCUCCGCCGACCUCGCCUCUGCCUCCCACUCCGCCCCCCAUCCCAACGGCCACCUCCACAUGAACCCCCACCCCCUCGAUCGUGUCGAUGGCCUCGACGUCGCCGACCCGGCCAGCUACGACAUCUUCUCUACCGGCCAGCGCUUCCGCACCAACACCUCCUCCAUCAAUCCCGCCUACAACCUCGGCGCAGAUUCCAUGUACUCCCACAAUGGCUUCUCCGACGCUCUCCCCCCCUUCCCAAACUCAAACUCCGGACCUUACGAUCUCAUGGGGGGUCUGCCGUCAUCAUACAGCAGCGGUAAGCCCUCCCCAUUGACACCCAGCGACGGCAUGGGCAACUUUUCCCAUCCUCCCGGCUUCUCCUUCUCCAACGGACAGCCCAAAGACUUCUCCCACAACCCCUUCCAAGACGGCCGCCCAAACAAUGUCGGCUCAGGUGGCUAUCAGUCCGAGUUUGGUGACGAUUUCGGCAGCAUGGGUGUCAAUCCUGGCAUGGCUCUGGGCGGAUUUUCCUCUUCUCAGCUUCCUCAAUUUCAGGGGCGCAUGCAAUCAGAUUCGCGCUUCUCUGCCCCCCUCAUGUCUCCUCUCUCCGUCCCUCACAUGCACCAGAAUCCUGGACAAGAUCUCCUUCGAGGUGUCAACCCCCACUCUACACACGCCUUCAGGUCCGAGGCGGGAGCGCAGUCAUACGAUGACAUGCAAUAUCUACAGUCUAACCCUCAAGUCGAUUUCCCUCUCCGCAUGCCAGGCAUCGACUUGUCGCGCAUGCGACUCCAGCAGUCUCCCGCUGCGGCGACUGACUUGCAGACCUUCAUACGCCCAUACCUGGACCAAUACGUCCGCUCCCCAAAUCGCUUAGCAUUUGGCGAGCGCACCGUCAUCGUCAUGUCAAGCAAGGUUGCUCAGAAAUCCUAUGGCACUGAGAAACGCUUUCUUUGUCCUCCUCCAACAGCAAUCAUGAUUGGGAACUCCUGGUGGUCAGAUGUCAUGCGGCGAGGUGAAGAACCUAAGUUAUGUCCCCCGCGAGUGGUUAUCUCCAUCUCGGGCGAGCCAGCGCCUCAGGAGGGUACUAUCGAGUGGACGGGCGCGACUGGAAAAGCCUUUGAUGUUUCAGAUCCGCCAACUGGCACGACCUAUCUAGGCCGGUGUGUAGGCAAACAGCUUUUCAUCUCCGACGUGGACGAAAAGAAGAAAAAGGUCGAGGCACUGGUCAAGAUCAUGGCCCCGUCUGCUGAAGACGAACCUGAGCGGGUUAUCGGAACCUUUCCUAGCCGUCCCAUCAAGGUCAUCAGCAAGCCGAGCAAGAAGAGGCAGAGCGCCAAAAAUCUCGAGCUCUGCAUCAAUCAUGGGUCAACAAUCUCCUUAUUCCACCGCCUUCGGUCACAAACUGUCUCGACAAAAUAUCUCUGCGUGUCCGGGUCCGGGUCAUCGUUCAAGGGUUCCGAUGGUGCUCCGUUAAUGGGUCUAGAUCAGCGUGUCCGAACACAGACACCGUCCUUCAUUGCGAGGACCGCUAGCUGGGAUCCGUUCCUCAUGUACAUCGUUGAUGUCAACAAGCCGGCUGGCGGAGUUGACUCUCCACCACCUCCCCCCUUGCAACCUGACUAUCCUUCUCCCCCUCCCAACGCCAUACCCUUCACAAACAACGGGUCGCAAAUCCCCAUCUACUACAAUCAAACUGUCGUCCUGCAAUGCCUGGUUUCUGGCGUCGUCAGCCCGGUAUUGAUUAUACGAAAAGUCGACCACCAGACGAUUGUUGUUGGUGGGGGUCUGCAAGAAGGAGCAAAAGGUAUCGCUGACCACUACUGCGCUCCUGGAGAAGUGUGUGGCGACCCGGUAUCACAGUUGCACAAAAUUGCUUUCGAGGUAUACGAUCCCAACCGCGGCGCACCCGACCCUGGGUCCCCCGGCGUUAGCGGAGCUUUCCUUUCGUGCAUGGGCGAGAAAGUUAAUACCUACCGCCCUGUUGAUGGCCGCGUCUGGAAUGCUGCGCCCGGCUCCGCAUCGCGAGAGAGCGACUCGCCGACCGCUCCCGGCUCCCCGAAUGAGGCCAAUACACCAACGUCGGCUUCUGGCUCCGCGGACUACUUCGGUUCGACACCAGGGAGCAUGAGCAGUGUCCCAACGUCCCCAGAUGUGACGGACUUCCCGUCGAACGAUGGUGGUCGCGUCAAGAAGGGCAAGCGUGGGUCCUCCAGCACUGGGGGCAUCUCGAAGCCAAGCUCGCAAAAGGGCAGGCGUCGGCCGACUUCUGCUGGUUCAGCAGGCUCAAGCCGUCGUGGGUCAAACGGUGAGGCCGCUGUGUCGUCCGGGGCGCUAUGGCAGGUCGACAUUGGGGAGACGAGUGUGUGGACGAUCGUCGGGACCGACCAAAUCAGGUACAACUUCUACGUGCCUCCUGUGCUGUUCGACAACCAGAACGCGUCGCAGACUGGAUCAUUCCCCAUCCCCACGAAGCCAGUGACGCCCUUCCCUGGUGUGGUGAAGUAUCUCCCUCCGGAUCGCGCUGCUGAGGCCCCGAAACACCACACGUCUGCGCGAGCCGCGCUCGCGAAGCCCAAUCCGCACAUCUCGAAGAUGUUAACCGUUUACGGUGAGAAUUUCUCGAAGACGGAUCCGGUCACCGUGUUCUUUGGGUCAGAGCCGUCGCCAUAUGUGGAAGUGCGGUGCGGAGAGGUGCUUGGUUGUUUGCCGCCUGAGUCGCAGAACAGCAAGAGAAGGCCAAUAAUUCUGGUCCGGUAUGAUGGCGUCGUGUUCCCUUCAAGCGUAUGUUAUCCGUGA